CACUCUCUUUCUUUCAUUUCACCGUUGAAAGCAAACUUGUCAUCUUCGUUUUCUUUCUCUCUCAACAUUCCAAUCUUCCUCUCUCAGUUUUCUCUCAAUCAAACAAAACCCUAAUUUCCUCUCUUUCGAACCAUUCCUACUCUCAUUCUUUCAGGUCGCGCUCGCGGAGGAGGCGGAGGAGGAGAUCAUUUUCCGGCGGUGGAGAACAAUCACUCUUGGGGAAUGCAGAGAUCGUUUUGCUGCGAGGAUCUCAACAUCAACAACAACAAGAUCAAGAACAACAAGAAGAAAUCGUCCAGCCAAGGUAUCAUUGGCAUCACUGCGCCCAAGGCCAGAACACGCGACAAACGGUUGAGGGGUAGGGUUUAAGGUCAGCUGAGGAGAUUGCUGUAUCAUGACUCGAAUCUUGGUUCAGCGCGGUUCCUCUGGUGGUGGUUCUUCUUCGAACCAGAAUUUGAGCCGCUCUCCGGCUCCGGUUGCCAAAGAUGAGGAAUGUGGAGAGGAGGUGCCUGGUGGACAAGUUGCUGUUGGUGAUGAGAUUCUGGAGUUUGCUGGGAGUAGUGACUGUAAUAGGGCUAAGAGUGAUGAAGUUUUGAUGGAGAGUCUUGAUCUUGAGCCGAAUGAGAGCACCCCAUUAGGCGAUGAUGAGGUUACUGAUGCCGGCGGCAAAGAUGUUAAGGAAGAUGUUGCGGAUGGACAAGAAUUGGCGAGAGGGUUCAGUGGAGAAAGGACAGUGUUGGAGAAUGAGGGUUUGGUUGGGGAUUCGCCCAUCGUUGCUGGUGGUAGUUCACAUCCGCCACCUCCUCCUGUUCCACCUCCUAAGCCUUCAGCCACUAACUUAAAUUCGAGGAGAAAUGUUUCAGGGACUUCAAAUGUAGGAUCACCAAGGAGAGCUUCUCAAUGGCCUGUUGUUUCUGCUAGGACUUCACCUGCUGGGUCUCGGCCUUCCUCCCCCAGGGCUCAUAAUGAAAGUGAGGGGUACAAUAGUGCUGACGAACAGAAUCCAUGCUUGGUGUCCUCUUAUGGUGAUUUGGAAAGAGAGCGACAGUUUGAAAUUGAUAUCAGAAGGGCAAAAGGCUAUGAAGUAAAAAGAAUGAUGGAGGAUGGAAAUUGCCUUUUCCGUGCUGUUGCAGACCAGGUGUAUGGGGACUCUGAAUUGUAUGAUUUGGUCAGACAGAUGUGCAUAGAUUAUAUGGAGCGUGAGAGGGACCACUUUUCUCAAUUUAUAACAGAAGGUUUCACAUCAUACUGUAAGAGAAAGAGAAGAGAUAAGGUCUAUGGUAACAAUGUUGAGAUCCAAGCCAUGUCUGAAAUGUAUAAUCGUCCUAUUCAUAUAUACUCCUACUCUACAGAACCUAUCAAUACAUUUCAUGGAGGCUAUAACACUGAUACACCACCAGUACGGCUAAGUUAUCAUCAUGGGAAUCAUUACAACUCCCUCGUUGAUCCACGCCGCCCAACAAUUGGUGCAGGACUUGGGUUUAGCAGUCUCCGUGGGGCGAAUGUUGACAGAGAUCAAGUCAAGGCUGCUAUUAAAGCUCAGCAAGACCAACAGAUCGAUAAUGCACUUUUAGCUGAGGGACGGUUUUACUCUGAUCUUGAGCUCACAGAGAAGGAAAUUGAACGUGCCGUGAUUGAAGCUUCUCGGGCUGAGUAUAUUGCUAAUGAUACAUUUAAGCACCAACUUGGUUAUAAAGAAUCCUCUACAUCAAAUGCUGAGCCAUCGUCUUCUGGAGCAAGAUCAUCAGGUAGGGAUCCGAAGAUGGAACCCGUGAAGGAGAAUGAUUCUGGUCUUAGCUGGAGUAUGCAGAUGGUGCUAUCAAUGGGAUUCAGUUACCUACAAGCGAUUGAGGCCUACAGCAUAUUUGGGGAUGAUGUUGAUUCUAUGAUUUGUUACCUGUUGGAAACUGGCAGUAGCAGCAGACGGAAAGGAAAGGCCACUGAAUAAUUAGAGAUCGAGUGUAAUAAAAAGUCUUAGAACUUUAGUUUUCAAUUGUCUUAUAUAUAUCAAAUAAAUCUCCUGUAUAAUUCACUCUAGUUUUUAUUUCGGAUCUCGCAUCUUUAUCAAGGUAAUGGGGGAAAAACGGAAAAAGACUAUUGAGAUAA